AUGAAUUAAAGUAUUUUUUUAUUUAAAAAAGAAAAAUAUAGAGAAGCUUUAAGAAAAUAAAGAAAUGAGAAUGAAUUUAGAAUAAGUCGAUUCUUGCCAAAUUUUUGCUAAAAAGGAAAAAUUUCAUCAAUUUUAUUCAGUUUUCAUACUUCAAUAGAACAAUCAAGUAAAAUGAUAUUAAAUAAUGAUGAAUUAAUGAUGAAAGUUUAUAAGAAUCAAUAAAAUAAGAAUGCUUUAUUACUUUUGUCAAAUAUUUCAGCAUCAGAAUCAUCAAAUAGUGUUGAUAGAUUGAUAAAAGAAUAAUACUUGCAUUUGAAAUUUCUUGAAAUUAUUUAAUCAAAAUAGAGUAAUAUAUAUUAAUUACAAUAUGCUUGUGAAGGUUUAACUAAUUUACUUAAUUCUAAAAUUAACAUAUAAUAAGAAUUAACAGAUUUGCUUAAUUAGGACUUAAUAACAUCAAUUAUAAAAUUAAGAGAAUAAAUAGAUGAAAAUUAAUUAAUAGAUAAAGAUAGUAUGCUUUAUUUAUGUUUAAGUAUAUUGAUUAAAAUUUAAAGUUAUCAACUUUAAAAUUAUGUAUCUAAACCAUAACUAAUAGAUCUAUUUAUUAUGAAUAUUAAUUGGUUUGAAAAAAAUAUUUAAGUAUCAUGUGAAAAUAUUAUAUUAAUAUGUUCAGAUAUUGAAGGAUUGGUUGAUUUAAUAGAUGAUUAAAAAAUUAAUUCAAUAAUUGAUUGUGCAAUAAAUUCAUUAUAAAAUAGAUAAUUUGAUAUUACAUAUUGGAUUUUAACAGCAUUAAACACACUUGUAGAUUUUUCAUACUGUGAUUAAAAGAUUUUAGGAAUAGUUAAAAAUUCUAAAAUUAUUACAUUAUUAAAAAUCAUUUUUGAAAGAAUUUAAGAAUAAUAAAUGUUUUUAAUAGAAGUUGGUUUAGAAGUAUUUAAUUAUAUAUAUAUCAAUAUAGUUUAUUUAUAAAACUUUAUAAUUUUAAUCUUUAGAGAUAAGAUUUUGUUUCUUAAAAUUCUUAAAAGAUAUUUAAAACUUGAUUGAAUUUAAAGUUUAAAGUUCAUUACUUGUUUUGUGUAGUUUUAUACUUGUUAUUUUAUGUGAGUAAUUAGAUUAAGAAGAAUCAGGUAAUAUUAUAUCAUUACAAUUUGAAAUUUUAUUACAUUUAAAUGAACAAUAAUUAACUGAUGAAGUAAUUGAAACUUUAAUAAAUAUUUGGAAUUUACUUGAUUAAAAUAUUUAUAAAUUAAUUAGGAAAUAAAAGGUCUUAUUAGAAAUAUUAGCAGAAUCAAAAAAUGAAUCAGUUUCACAAUUAGCCAUCAAUAUGAUGGCCAUUUAAAAUUCAAUAUCAUGA